UCAUGGGAGGUGGUGGAGAAGUGUGGUGGUAGUAGCAGUAGUACCCACCCAAAAACGCGAUCAUCGUCGUCGUCGACGUGCUGUCGUGCAAUCAGACACAGUUGCUCACCAGUGUGUCCACGACGACGUCGACCACAAUAAUUUAAACGAACGAACGAAACCCACAAGACGAACAAAACGGCACUAAAACGAACCCAUACGCAUACACGAACCCAAAUAUAAAUAUUACAUAAACAUAUACUCAUAUAAUAUAAUAAUUACAAAAUAGUAAAAAAAAAAGAACCUACCUACCUACAUACAUAAAUAAAUAAACUGUACAUACACCGAUUGAGAUAUAAACUGAUUGUGAUUAUGAUGGCAUUCAUGGAUCAAAAGGAAAUCGCCAACUUUUUGGCGCAAGAACUGUUCUAUCACCAGUUCAUCGCUUUGGAAGGAUUAAAUUCUGGCGUGCCAACCAGAACCACGCCAACCUUAACCCCGACAACACUUAAGAGCAUCGAACAGACCUUCAUCGAGCUGCAAUCGAAGCCAGAGAGCCACGAAAACGAAGCCGGAUUCGUGCCUCCGUUGGUACAUUCAAUAGGUAACAAUCAAUAUAUUUCGGCUUCGGAGGCCGACGUGUACACGACGAUUUCGAACAACACCAGCAAGUCGCACACGUAUUGGAAUUCGUCGAUGUCCCAGUGCAGCUCGGACAGUAACACAACAUCUCCAUCGCCGUCCGAUCUCCAGAAGAAUAUGCUGCAAACGCCGCAGCCGACAUCCCGCAGGAACAUGGGCGGAAGAAAACCAAACAAGGACAACAACAUUAGUCCGGAAGAGGAGGAGAGGCGCAGGAUUCGCAGGGAAAGAAACAAAGCAGCGGCCGCGAGAUGUAGAAAGCGACGGGUCGAUCACACCAAUCAGCUGAUGGAGGAGACGGAAGAUUUGGAGCAAAAAAAGCAAAAGUUGGAGAACGAACUGCGCGAACUGCAGUCGAUGAAGGAAGAGUUGGAGAUGGUGCUGGAGAACCAUCGUUCGAAGUGCGGUCUUGGUAUAACGAUGCCGCUUCAGUGUCCUCCGAGUCCGCCGGACGUGAAACCGCACUCUUACAUGGGCUACUGCAACGAUCUGCCGAUGGACAACGUGAGCCACAGGAUAAAGACGGAGAUCGAGCUGCAGGACGACGAGAUCUUCAGUCAGCCAUCUCCAGCGAAGAGGAUAAUGCUCAGUUCCGCGGCGCCGAUCUCGAAGCCGAGCCGUCCCAAUUCGCUGAACGUAGCCGCGACGGCUCCCGUAACCUCGGCCGCCAACCAGAAGAACUUCUCCUCCGAACUGCAAGGAAUCAGCAUCAGCACACCAUCGUCUGGUAUGCAUUUUAACUUCGAUUCGCUGAUGGUCGGCGGCACCGGUCUCACCCCAGUCAACGCACCCAUCAUGCCAAACUGCUCGGCGCAGCAGAGGAUACCAGUAUCGAUGCACCACGACAUCUCGACACCAGAAGCCUGCGUUCCACCGAAACUCGUCAGCUUAUAGUUUCAAUCUUCCCGAAAGGAAUACAGGAUAAAAGGAUAAAACAAAAUCGACGUUUUCGUGCAAUUGGGUCUUAGCUGCGUUUCACACAGUUAGAGUUACCAAGAGGCGUCGGCCCCGAAAAUUCUUAGUCAUUGAUGGCCGAUCUCGUGCAUUAACAAAUCCAACAGCAACCAAAACAUAAUAAUAAUAAUGAAAAGAUUUACCAUUUUCUCUUCCUUUUUACUCCUUCACACGAAAAUGCGACAUUGUGUAACGAUUUGCGCGCAUCUUUUCUUUUUUUUGUUAGUGUCAUAUUAAUAUUUAUUUUCUAGUGAUUUAAGUGGAAUGCUAAAUAUGGACCAAAAAGUGCUCAAAAGUAUAAACGA